UGUAUUUGUCUAGUCACUGAGUUUGCUCUUGGUUUCAGUUUCUUUACUGAGAGUUGAAAACUCCUGCCCUUCUUUCGUUAGUUUCCAUUUCAUUGUCCAGUCUUCUGAUCUCAAGUAAAAAAUGUGGAAAUCCCCAGGGCUGGGUAAGGAAGAGCUCUAACAGAAGCACACGCUCCAGACUAAGGGACAAGAGUUAGGACUCUUAGACCACAUUCUUGUCAAAGCAGCUUUCUUACCAGUAAAAAGGAUCUCUGCUCGUAGAUUCACAGUUAAGAUAAGGUAACACCCUAGUCAUGGCCUCAGAGAUCCACAUGCCAGGCCCAGUGUGCCUCAUUGAGAACAUUAAUGAGCAGCUGAUGGUUAAUCAGGAAGCUUUGAAGAUCCUGUCUGCCAUUACGCAGCCUGUAGUGGUGGUGGCUAUUGUGGGCCUCUACCGGACAGGCAAAUCCUACCUGAUGAACAAGCUGGCUGGGAAGAAACAGGGGUUCUCUGUUGGAUCCACAGUGCAGUCUCAUACCAAGGGAAUCUGGAUGUGGUGUGUGCCUCACCCUGAGAAGCCAAAUCUCACCCUAGUUCUGCUUGAUACCGAGGGCUUGGGCGAUGUAGAGAAGGUUGAUGAGAAGAAUGAUACCCAGAUCUUUGCUCUGGCGAUACUACUGAGCAGCAUCUUUGUAUACAAUACCAUGAACAAAAUUGACCAGGAGGCUAUCGACCUACUGCACAAUGUGACAGAACUGACAAAUCUGCUCAGGGAAAGAUCCUCACCUGAUCUUGAUGACGUCAAAGAUGCAGCUGAUUUUGUGGGCAUCUUCCCAGACUUAGUGUGGACUCUGAGAGAUUUCUUCCUAGAGCUGGACAUUGAUGGGCAAGUCAUCACAGCAGAUGAAUACCUGGAGAAUUCACUAAGACCAAAGCAAGGUACUGAUCAAAGAGUUCAAAAUUUCAACUUGCCCCGUCUGUGUAUACAAAAGUUCUUUCCAGAGAAAAAAUGCUUUAUCUUUGAGUUGCCUAGUCAUCGGAAGAACCUUGCCCAACUCGAGACUCUACAUGAUGAUGAGGUGGAUCCUGAAUUUUUGCAACAAGUUGCAGAGUUCUGUUCCUACAUCUUCAGUCAUUCUAAAAUAAAGACUCUCCCAGGAGACAUCAAGGUCAAUUGACCUCGUCUAGAGAUCUUGGUGCUGACUUAUGUCAAUGCCAUCAACAAUGGGUUUCUGCCCUGCAUGGACAGUGCAGUCCUGGCCUUGGCCCAGAUAGAGAACUCGGCUGCAGUGCAAAAGGCCAUCGCCCACUAUGACCAGCAGAUGGGCCAGAAGGUACAGUUGCCCACGGAAACCCUCCAGGAACUGCUGGACCUGCACAGGGCCAGUGAGAGGCAGGCCAUCGAGGUUUUCAUGAAGAGCUCCUUCAAGGAUGUGGAUCAAAAAUUCCUGAAGGACUUGGAGACCCAGCUAGAAGCAAAACAGAAGGACUUUUGUAAGCAGAAUCUGCAGGCAUCAUCGGAUCGUUGCUCAGCUUUACUUCAGGAUAUUUUCAGUCCUCUAGAAGAAGAAGUGAAUCAAGGGAUUUAUUCUAAACCUGGGGGAUAUCAUCUCUACAUUCAGAAGAUGGAAAGGCUGAAGGAAAAUUACUAUCAGAAGCCCAGGAAGGGAACAGAGGCUGAGAAAACUCUGCAGAAAUAUUUAAUGUCCAAGGAGUCUGUGAGUGAUGCAAUUCUACAGACAGACCUGGCUCUCACAGCAAAGGAAAAGGAGUUGAAAGAGGCACGCUUGAAAGCGGAGGCUGCACAGGCUGAAGCACAAAGGUUGGAGGAGAUUGAAAGGCAGAAUCAGCUAAUGAUGGAGCAGAGGGAGAGACUCCACCAGGAGCAAGUGAGACAGAUGGAGAGGGACAGAGCAAACUGGCUGGCAGAGCAACAGAGGGCCCAGGAGCGUAAAAUCCAGGAAGAAGCCAGAAGACUCAAAGAAAGAUUAAUAGCUGAAAACAGAAGAUUUCAAAAUAGAUUACGGCGUCUUUUUUGAUACAUGUGUCUUACCAUAAAGAGCUAAACAUCAGAGCUUCCUUUAAUUGCUCAUUCUCACUGAGGGCACAAUAGUCUGAGCAACUAUCGAAUUUGGGACAAUUACCAUUUAAAUAAAUUUUAUAAUUAUCAUGAACAUAACUGCCAAAAGAACGAACAAAGCUGUCUUGGAAGAAGUACAGCCAGAAUGCUCCUUAGAAGCAAGGAUACAUCUCAAAUACUUUGA